AUGAGAGAAAAGAAGUCAUUAAAACUGAAUAUUCCACAGCAGCAGCAGCAGCAUCAGAACGGUCACUUAUCCCCAUUUAAAUUGUCUAAAUUAUUAGAUCCUGAUGCUUCCUGGGAUAAGGAUCAACUCGGUGAUGUACUUCAUUGGAUUAGGCAAGCAUUGGCCCUUGUGUGUGGAUUACUAUGGGGUGCAAUUCCUUUAGUUGGGGGCGUCUGGUUUAUUUUGUUUGUGGUUUUCUCUUCUGCCAUUAUCUAUGGGUACUAUGCUCUUGUGCUGAAAAUCGAUGAAGAAGAGUUUGGAGGUCACGGAGCCCUUCUUCAAGAAGGAUUAUUUGCCUCAGUAUGUCUGUUUCUGCUUGCAUGGAUUCUUGUAUACAGUUUGGCACACUUCUGA